AGUUCCCAUUUUUUAAUUUAGGAGAGACACAACAAAUUAGCCUUAAGCUUCUUGAAGUGUUCUUCUUCCUCCUCCAUACACAAUUCUUCCUUCCUUUUUUUCUUUUUCUUUUUCUCUCUUUCCCAAACGGCCUCUUCCAAAAUAAAAAUAAAUAAAACAAAAUGGAAGGAAAGGGAAGUGGAAUUGCCAAUUUUGUUGAGGGAGCACAACCUUACAUUGCUAUGAUCUCUCUCCAAUUUGGCUAUGCUGGGAUGAAUAUCAUCACCAAGGUAGCUCUCAACCGCGGAAUGAGCCAUUACGUUCUUGUCACUUAUCGGCAAGCCUUUGCCACCAUUGUCCUUGCUCCCUUCGCCUUCUUCUUCGAAAGGAAAGUGAGACCCAAGAUCAGUUUUGCCAUGUUAAUGCAGAUUUUCCUUCUGGGUUUGUUAGGACCGGUGAUUGAUCAGAAUUUUUAUUAUGCUGGAUUGAAGCUCACUUCAACUACCUUUUCAUGUGCCACCAGCAAUAUGCUUCCUGCAAUGACAUUCAUCUUAGCUCUUCUUUGUAGGAUGGAGAAAUUGGAGAUGAAGAAAGUGAGAUGCCAAGCCAAGGUGGUGGGAACAUUGGUGACAGUGGGUGGAGCCAUUUUGAUGACUUUAUACAAAGGGAAUGUCAUAAGCUUCUUUUGGUCUCACCAUAACAAUAAUUAUCUUCACAGCUCUUCUGCUUCUUCCAAUUACUAUUCCUUUGAAAGCACUUAUCAAGAUUGGCUCAAGGGUUCCAUUCUUCUCCUUUUUGCCAAUCUUGCUUGGGCUUUGUUCUUCAUCGUUCAGGCAAUGACAUUAAGGAAUUACACAGCCCAUCUGUCACUUACAACCCUUGUGUGUUUCUUUGGGACUUUGCAAUCCAUGGCUGUCACAUUUGUAAUGGAACACAAAGCUUCUGUUUGGAACAUUGGAUGGGAUAUGAACCUUCUUGCUUCUGUUUAUGCUGGAAUAGUUUCAUCAAGCAUAGCUUAUUAUGUACAAGGGAUGAUUAUGCAAAAGAGAGGACCUGUUUUUGUCACAGCCUUUACCCCUAUGAUCAUGAUCAUUGUUGCCAUUAUGGGCUCCUUCAUGCUUGCAGAGAAGAUCUAUAUCGGACGUGUUGUUGGAGGUAUUGUAAUGGUGGUGGGGCUGUACUCAGUGCUAUGGGGAAAAUACAAAGAUUACAAAGAAAAGGAAGCAAUAAUAGAAGAGAUCACCACCAUAGUUGAACCAGUGAAGCUUUUAAUAAGUGAAGACAAAUUGGAGAAAAAUAAGAAGAAGAAAUUAGCAACAGUAGUUGAAGAAGAAGAAGAAACGACGACAUCGACAUCGUUAAACGACAUCGAAAUGCAAAGGAACGACACAAGAUCAAAUGUCGACGACAAUAAUCAUAAUAAUGUUGCAACAUUGCGUUGUCCUUCUCCACUACCCAUUGUUGUUGUUAUAGCUAUGAAUGAAGCACCACCAAAAGUUUUUUAUUAAAUUUUUUCAUUAAAAAUUACAAAUCUUUUGAAAAGAAAGGAAAAAAAAAAGAGAGAAAUAAUAUUUAAAAAAAAAAGUUGGAAAUGGCCUUUGGAGAGUGGGAGGGAAAGGAAGUUUUUUUUUUUUUGUUUAACUUUUCUUUCAUCUAAUCUAAUCCUUUAUCUUUUCCUUUUUUUCUUUUGCUCCUUUACUUCUUCUUUUUCUUUUUUUUUUUCUCUUGGACAAAUAUUAGGAUUGUAGAUGUUGAUUAUAAUUAUGUGAAUUCAAUUAACCAUGUAGUCUGUAAAUCUCAGACUGUUUUGUUAUUUUAUAUAAUAAUUUAUAAGAUUUUGAGUAAAUAUAGUUGAUGAGUUCA